AAUGCAUGUCACCGUGGAUGGGAAGCUUGGAUUCGAAGAUAUCUAUCAAUAGGAUUCCAUAGGUGUAAAGAACAUACGGAUAGGAAAGGAACUUUGCUGGCAAUUGAAUUUUGCACAAAAAAUUUCUCAGCAUACGGUGCUGCAAAAUAAAGCAUGCACCGCAGGUCUUCCGAAAGCUCCACUAGCAUCGGUGUGCUGAUGUGUUUGUAAAGGCAUUCGUUUGUGAAAGAAUGCCGUUCAUGCAUUGCAGUGUACCGGAUUGAGCGGAACACUGAUAACAAACCGUGUACCAUUAACGCAGUACAGGUCGAUAGCUAUUCCAUUUUCAUCCGGGCGCACCGGAAGCAGUGGGUGCAAAUCAAAAUGACCUUUCGCAGUAUUCGUCUGUCCUACAUCACAAUAUGGAACAUUUUCCUGGUGCUGCCGAUCGUUUCAUCUGACAAUGACUACAUCUCUGGCUAUCAUCGUCGAUUACACCCGAUGACCCCAGUGUCGUGGACUUCGAAAGAUGGUCACGAUAACAGGGACAAUCUGGUAAAAACGAUAAACAUUUUCAUAGAGGAACAGGCGCGCCGCCGCUUUCUGGAGCAUCUUCAGCGAUUGCAGACUGCAGGGAGCAAAACUAUUCCGGCACCUUCGUACCUCGGUACAGCAGAGAUAUCGGACGAGUAUCGUCCAACAUACACGUACCAGUUGCCGUUAAACAAUCUGAUAGAUUCGAGUGAACCGAUCAACUUUGCGGUCGGUCCCAGUGAUCCUCGAUUCUACGACCAAACUACUGGACUUGGGCGUGAUUCGGAUCUAGAUGGGCUCGGUAUUGGCGAUGGUGGGGAUGGAUCCUUCCUUUACGAUAGCUCCGAACCACUCGGAGGUGGAUCAAACGAUGAACGAACCGUGGUGGCAUCUGGUGGAGGAACCGCUAUCGAGCAAAAACCCAUCGAAGAUUAUCGUCACCCACCACCACCGCCUCCGAUUCGUCCAAAGAUAGGAAAGGGUACACACGCACGGAAUCAAUCCAAUAAUGGCAGACUCGUGACCAUCGCAACAGCGGCCACCGAUCGCAGUAGUUCGAACGGUGUCAUGCAGCAACCGAUCGAGAUUGGUACCGGGCUGGGCAUGUAUCUGAUUGCACUGAUAGCAGGUAUCAGUGCCGCCAUUACGGUGGCCCUGAUUUCCAUCGGUUUCGGUUGGUACACACUCCACAAAAGGACCAAAGCGGCAGCGGACGUCGAAUAUCCAGCAUACGGUGUGACGGGACCAAACCGCGAUUCGACGGCAGGCGCAGCAGUUUCCGCCGGUGAUCGAAAGUUAGCGCAGAAUGCGCAAAUGUAUCACUAUCAACACCAGAAGCAGCAAAUAAUCGCCAUGGAAAACACGACCCGCAGUGCAACUCAUUCGGAACAGCCCAGCGAGGAUGAGAACGAGGAAGGUGACUACACUGUUUACGAAUGUCCUGGCCUGGCACCGACUGGUGAGAUGGAAGUAAAGAAUCCUCUCUUCUUGGAGGACGGACCUAUCAGUGGUGUUUCCCUACAGACAUCGAUCAGUGGCGAAGGUCCCGCUAUCGGGGUAGUUUAUUUGGAAAAGGCAGUUCAACCGCAAGCUCAUAACAAUAACAAAAACUCGGGAGAAUAAGCCUAACAUAACACGACAAAUGUGAAACUGCAACACACUUCAAACCCUUGUUCCUUGCCAUAUCCGGUACCUAACUUUUCGAUCGAUGUUUUACGCCUAGUUCUUUGUCGAAGCAUUAGUAGCUUUGCCAUAAUCCCUGUCCAUUUAAGGCCUAAGCUUGUGCAGUCUAUGACUAAUCUAUGCUUUAAAUUUCUUUAUAAUAUUUAACUAUUGCGCCUAUUUAGUAAUGUACCAUAGAUUUUAAUACUACAAACUAGUUCACUUCCACUUGUACUUUUUUAUUUACUACCUAACCUUAUGUAUUUACUACCAGUCCUUGUAUUUAUGAUUGAUACUACUAUCCCUGAUCCUUUUGUGAUCGACCUAACGUGUUCGAUUAUGUCAAACAGAACGAACAAAAUGAUUACUUGGGAAUGUUUGCUACACCAUACACUGCAUGCAAGGUGCAAGAUGAUUAAUAUAUACAUCAAAAUGAUAAUAUAAUCUUCUAUAUUUAUACACACACAGACACAAACACGUAUACAUAUACGAUAUAUAUAUAUCAAUGUUAAUAAAUUGUAUCGAACCAGAGAUUUUAUUCUUGCCUAAGCACUGAGCAAUUUUAAACCAAGCCAACAUGCAAAAUUGAGACAUGCAAAAUCGAAGAGGAUAUAGUCAAAUAACGAGUCGCAUAAAUCUCAUCGGAAGAUGUUGCAUGUUGUUGCUAGAUAAGGAAUGAAGAGGAAAGCAUGGAACAUGAUGGGGUAUUGUAAUUGUAUGAUAGCAAGAGAACAAACAAUUGUAGCAAAGUAUAGUAAACUUUUAUUACUUGACAUGAGCACUACGAACACACGGAAAGGCGGUACGGCUCUUUGCAUGAAGAUGCGCCCGGGCUCGAAUAAUUACCCCAGAACAAAAGGUCUACUAAUUUAACUAUAUUUGUAAUGAACGUCUAAUAACCGAUCAUAUAAUGAACGGAGCAGCUGUGCUAUAAUACCUUGAUCCCUCGUAUGAACUGUGAGCAACACAUUUACACACUUCAUUGACACGCACACCCAAUACCAAGGAUAAUGAAACAAUCAGUGUGAAGAGCGGCAGAGAACAUUAUUUGAAUCUGGUGGACUUUUUGGUGGUUCUAGCGCACCGAUCAGCAAAUACAGGUGCAACCGUAGUUGAGUAAAACCGUGUACUUCAAACGAAAUGUGUGGAUGAAAUAAAUAAAUAGCGUCAGAUGUGCAUACCAAA